CCGGAGUAGUUGUUGGGGACCGAGGGUAGGUACCGUGCAGAAGACACACCUGGAACCCUUCCAGGCUAGAUCAGCUGAUCUGGCCGCGUACGGUCGCCGAUGAUCGGAGACGCUGGGGGUCCCGGACCAAUCAAACUCCCGAGAUUAUUCGACCCCGACGCCACUAGGCCGAGGACGGUUAGAGCGUCCAGGUGCUCUCCAGAAGUUUGAGUCUUUUCUCGUCCGGCCUUAAGGCACCUCUUACUCACACUAGAUCCGUCGACUCUUCUUCCCCUUGCCAACCCUCUUCCUCUACAGUCUGCUCCUUUCCUGGCCUGGCAGUCAUCCGCCGUAAAGAUGAUGCCUCUAAGACCAUCGAAAAGCGCCAUGCGCGCUCUGCACUCGCAGAGAUGUUUUGCCUCUGCCAGAAGACCGUUCACGGCCAUCUCGCCCCACCGCUUUUCUGCUCAGAAACGAGUCCAGAGCACCGCUGCUGCUCCCGCCAGCGAGGCUAGACCCGUCCCCAGCCCUGCCUUCAACCAGGAACCCCAGCGCAAUGGAGUGUCGCCGCUGCAAAACCGACAGGUCCCCGAGUUGGACGACUCGUUCGUCGGACUGAGUGGUGGAGAAAUCUUCCACGAAAUGAUGCUCAGACUCGGUGUCAAGCACGUCUUCGGUUACCCUGGAGGCGCCAUCCUUCCCGUUUUCGAUGCCAUCUACAACUCCAAACAUUUCGACUUUGUUCUUCCCCGACAUGAACAGGGUGCCGGACACAUGGCGGAAGGUUACGCCCGCGCCUCAGGUCUCCCAGGCGUUGUUCUCGUUACUUCCGGCCCUGGUGCCACCAACGUUAUCACCCCCAUGCAGGACGCCCUGUCCGACGGCACCCCGAUGGUUGUUUUCUGCGGUCAGGUGCCCACCAGCCUGAUUGGCACCGAUUCGUUCCAAGAGGCAGAUGUCAUUGGAAUUUCCCGGGCUUGCACGAAAUGGAACGUCAUGGUCAAGUCCGUUGCCGAACUUCCUCGCCGCAUCCAGGAGGCGUUUGAGAUCGCCACCAGCGGCCGUCCCGGUCCCGUCUUGGUCGACCUUCCCAAGGAUAUCACCGCGGGUAUCCUUCGCAAGCCCAUCCCGAUGAGCAGCACCAUUCCUUCCCUGCCGAGCGCCGCAACGAUGGCGGCCCGCGAAGUCAGCAUGAAGCAGCUUGAAAGCACCAUCGGCCGCGUUGCUCGUCUCGUCAACGUUGCCAAGAAACCCGUCCUGUACGUCGGUGCGGGUCUCCUCGCCCGCCCGGACGGCCCUCAGAUUCUGAAGGAAUUGUCCGACAAGGCCUGCAUUCCCGUGACGACUACUCUGCAGGGUCUCGGAGGCUUCGACGAGCUCGAUCCUAAGGCCUUGCACAUGCUGGGAAUGCACGGAUCUGCCUACGCCAACAUGGCCAUGCAGGAGGCCGAUCUUAUCAUCGCCAUCGGCGCUCGUUUCGAUGACCGUGUGACCGGUAACAUCUCCAAGUUCGCCCCCCAGGCCAAGCUCGCUGCGACCGAGAACCGUGGCGGUAUCGUUCACUUCGAAAUCAUGCCGAAGAACAUCAACAAGGUUGUUGAGGCCAACGAGGCCGUCGAGGGUGACUGCGCCGAGAACAUCCGUCACCUUCUUCCCCACCUCAAGUCGGUGUCUGAGCGCCCGGAAUGGUUUGCUCAGAUCAAUGACUGGAAGGCCCGAUUCCCCUUCUCUCUGUACGAGAGGCAGGUGGAGAACGGCCCGAUCAAGCCCCAGGCUUUGAUCGAGAAACUCAGCGACCUGACUGCUCAUAUUAAGGACCGCACCGUGAUCACUACCGGUGUUGGUCAGCAUCAAAUGUGGGCCGCCCAACACUUCCGCUGGCGUCACCCCCGUACCAUGAUUACUUCCGGUGGCUUGGGCACCAUGGGUUACGGACUUCCUGCCGCCAUUGGCGCCAAGGUUGCUCGCCCUGAUGCUCUUGUCAUUGACAUUGACGGUGAUGCUUCGUUCAACAUGACUUUGACCGAGCUGUCCACCGCUGCCCAGUUCAACAUUGGCGUCAAGGUCCUCUUGCUGAACAACGAGGAGCAGGGCAUGGUCACUCAAUGGCAGAACCUUUUUUACGAGGACCGUUACUCGCACACCCACCAGAAGAACCCCGACUUCGUUCCCCUUGCCGAGUCCAUGGGCGUGGCCGCCCAGCGUUGCAGCAACCCCGCGGAAAUGGAGGAGAAGCUGAAGUGGCUGAUCGAGAGCGAUGGCCCCGCCCUGCUUGAGGUCUUCACCGACCGCAAGGUGCCCGUGCUUCCUAUGGUUCCUGCCGGAAGUGCCCUGCACGAGUUCCUUGUGUACGACGAAGCCAAGGAGCAAGAAAGAAAGGCUCUGAUGAAGAAGCGCAACGUGAAAUUUUAAAGCAACCGCUUCAACGACGAAAUUAUAUGCCGAUGAUUUGUAGUUUUUAAAAGUGCCUCUUUGGUCAUUCUCCUGUUGAUAUCCACGGCGUUUCUGGCAGGUUCUGAAAACGCUGCAUCACCACGUUGGACCGCCUUGCUCGGUGCGAGGACUCGGCCCGAUAUGAUGCAGGGCAUUUGAAGCAGCGUUUCCCGUCAGUGUGAUUGCAAUCUAUCUAUUCAGUAGGUCUUGCUGGGUCCGAGUUCUCGUGUGAAGGUUUCCGCUGUUUUUGAUCCUUUUCUAUUUCUUUCUUGUCUUAAUAAGAUGCAUAUCCGCCAGUUCCCUUUCCCGGGAUCAAUUGGUCGAGAAACACUGAUUGUUGAUUCGGAAAACUAAGGGAAAGGACGCGGGAGAGAAGGAAAAAGAAAGGCAAGGAAGAGCAGACAGCCAAACCCAUCAGCCGACGUGUUCUGCCUGUCCUCGAGAUCUCCUUUUCUGUAUAUAAUCUCUGUGUUUUUGUUUCUAGUAUAUCGGAACAUCGGGUCUGUAAUAGGAUGUCAAUUGUUCAUAAUGCCUGCUCUCUGGCUAGCGUCCACCGGAAUCCAUACAUAGUGCAUGCCGCAUACUCUGCCUUACAGUGUCGAUCGUAAUCUUCACUAUAGUUACAUGAAUCCCAAGCUGGCCGAGUCAAGGGCCCUUUCCGGCUCCGCGGCCCCACAGCCCCACGUGACCGAACAGGCAGCAGGAAAGGCCAAAGCCAAAGCCGCGGUU